AUGAAAAGUCAUGACUGCCAUGUUUUAAUGCAACGACUCCUUCCAAUUGCCUUUUCCGAGCUGUUAGAUGAAUCUGUGCAUAAUGUGCUAUCAAUUUCGUUGAAAUUUGGAGAAGAUGAAUCUGGGUUAACUCGCGAUCAUGUCCACAUCUACAUGUCAUGCAGUCGUCAAGUUUCAAGAGUCUUAUACGAUCAAUGUCCAUACGAUCAUGCAUGGGAGGCGUACAAGACUGCAAUGCCGGCGGUAGGUAGUGUCGUAUCUGGUAGCUGUGACACGAACAUGGUCAUUGGUGGACCGAAUGAUGUGGAUGGGAACCGUGACUAUGAUAGACAGCAGUCCAUGGACGGUGAACUCCACUGCCUAAGGGUGAUAUCGUUGGACUAA